UCCGGGAGGCAGAGGAAGCAGAAAGCAGAGGGAGUGCCCUGUGUUCCAGCACCGCUAGGACCAGUGACGGGGUGCUCAGUCUCUCCGGUGACUGGGUGUCAGGGGUAGCGGAGGCAUCAUCGCACGGACCGUGUUUUUUUUUUUUUUUUACCUUUUCAUUAUUUUAAGCAGGAUUUUUUUUUUAUAAGUAAUUGCAUUUUUUUUAAAUCACGCUCCCUUUCCGUUUGUCCUAGAUUCGCUGUGUGAGCUAAUUUUGUCUAAUUUCUCCACUGUUACCUUCUCCCUUUCUCCCAACUCAUCGAGCUUCCUUCCAUCCAUAUUACACUGUCUCCUUCACCCUCUCCUUCUUCGUGGAAAUUAAUGCUGGCUCACAGUAAUUUCUCCAUUCGUCCUUUUGUCUACCUCAUUUGCUCUGACAUCUCUGUUGCAUUAGCUGUAUUGCUCCUCUUAUCCUAAUUCUGUCCUUUCCCAUUUUAUUCAUUUUCUUCUAUUUUGUUUCCACUUUUGGUCUUUUAGUGCUCGCUCUAUCCUCUAUAUUUAUGCCUCUGUUAUAACCUUUUCCCCUCCCCUGCUCCCUUUUGCUCCAGGGAGGGGAGGUGUGAUGAUGCAGAGGAAGGUGAAGCCCCCCUCAGGGGUGGGCCCUGGCCGCUCUGCGGAGCUGCGUGUUUUUCGUGGCCCCACAACUACAGUCCAUGAAUCUCGCCUACCUGGAGCGCCUCUUCGUCGCCAGCGUUCUCUCACCAAUCUUUCUGUUUUGACGGAUGCUGAGAAGAAACUUCGACUCUGUGGACCUGACUGGUGUGAUGAUCUAUCUGCAGUGACUCCAUCCAGGAACCAUAAUACAGCCCCAGCAUCCCCUGCCAUGUCUAGGGCAUUAUCUCGCUCCGAACACUCUCUUCUUCAACCCCGAACACCUAGCCGUAUUCCUCGUGGUCCAUAUGCUGAAGUUAAGCCGCUUAGUAAGGCUUCAGAAUCAACUUCUGCUGGCUCUUCAACAGAAGAUUCUGCAAAAGAACCUUCUGAUGAUAAGAAGACCUUUCUUAAGGUGGACCCUGAGUUAGUGGUGACUGUACUAGGCGAUUUGGAACAGCUGCUCUUCAGCCAGAUGUUGGAUCCUGAGACUCAACGAAAACGGACUGUUCAAAAUGUUUUGGAUUUGAGGCAAAAUUUGGAGGACACCAUGUCCAGCCUCCGUGGAUCUCAGGUAACACACAGCUCCCUGGAUAUGCCAUGUUAUGACAGUGAUGAUGCCAACCCUCGCAGUAUUUCCAGCAUGUCAAAUCGCUCUUCCCCUGUGUCUUGGCGUUAUGGACAGGCUAGCCCGCGGCUGCAAGCAGGGGAAGCUCCCUCUCUUGGUGGAUGUCGCUCGGAGAGUGGCGGAGGAAGCUGGCAAUUCUCACACACAAUGCCCCUCCGUGCAGGUACACGAAUUUGCAGCAUUACCCAACGUCUGGAGCUUAUGGAAUCAGCGGAUCGCGAAUUGAAAUCUGGAUAUGGCAGUGACAGUGACUGUCAGCUGGGGAAAGAGACCACACAUGAGGACGAUGACAUUAUAACUAGCUGGGACGAGAGCAGCUCCAUAAGCAGCGGCCUGAGCGAUGCGUCUGGGAAUCUUAGUUCAGAGGAGUGCAACGCCAGCUCCUCACUCACUUCCCUGCCCUCCACACCCACUGCAUCCCGACGGAGCUCCACCAUCGCACUCCGAACAGAUUCUGAGAAGCGAUCUCUGGCAGAGAGUGGACUAAGCUGGCACAGUGAGCCAGAAGAACGGGGACAGCGUAGGAUGGAGUAUGACAGUGGUAGCCUAAAGUCAGAGCAUGGGUCAUCUCGAUGGAGGCGGGAAAAGAGUGAUGAUCCUCCAAAAUCUGAGAUGAAAAAACCUGUCACUCUUGGACAGCCAUUGCGUAAAGGAAAAAACCCACCAGUCGGUGUUACAUCCCCAAUAACCCACACUGGGCAAGCAGCUUUGAAAGGAGGAGGUAAAUCAGAGCAGAAAGCAACGGACAAAUCUAAACUAACCCUAAAAACUGCUGGACUGCAGCGGUCAUCUUCGGAUGCAGGACGAGAUCCACGUUCACCCGAUGCAAAGAAACCUCCUUCAGGCAUUGCACGUCCAGCAUCCUCUUUUGGCUACAAAAAACCUGCUGCACCAUCUUCUCCGCUAACUGGAAAUUCUGCCACACUAGGCAAAACUCCAAAGUCCUCAGGAAUCCCAGUUAAACCCACUUCAGGUACUGUAAGUAGUAGUAGGAAGACUAGCUUAGAUGUUUCAGCUGGAGCGGAAACUGGCUUCCUCUCUCCUUCUGCCCGCACCAACAUACAAUAUCGUAGCCUUCCCCGCCCUGCCAAAUCUAGCUCCAUGAGUGUUACUGGUGGCAGGAGUGGCAACCGGCCAUUAAGUAGUACUGUAGAUGCAAGCCUUGUGCCAGUGCAAGGAAAAACUGUAGGGUCUUCCUCUUCACGUCUGAAAGAACCAUCCAAGGUUGGUGGAGGUCGAUUAGGAGUCAAUCAGACUGACCGUGAAAAGGAGAAGGCUCGUGCUAAGGCUGUGGCUCAAGAUACAGAAUGCAGGACAAACUUGACAAUUCAAGUGGAGCCAAAUGUGAAUAACGGGAAGGACGGCACUCCAACUACCCCUCAUAGAGCUGUAUCAAAACCCUUCAUGAAGACUCCAACCCUGUCUAAUCUAGAUAAAGUCAACUCUAACAGCCUAGACUUCACACCUACUGCUACUGAGGUGGCACCAAACAAGCAGCUUGAUCUUCCAUCAGGGGUUGGCUGCCUCACACCAAGUCCAGCUCCCAUUCUGAACAUCAACUCUGCCAGCUUCUCCCAGGGUCUGAGCAACCUUAGGAUGUACCCCAAAUUAUCUGGUUUACAUCGUAGCAUGGAGUCCCUUCCACUCUCAAUCAGUGUACCACCUGCCCAAUAUACUGGAGGAGGAGAAGAUCACACUCCAGACACGGGCUGGAAUGAUAUCGCAAUCAAGUCACCUGCACCUGAGGGCUCCAUCCAGGACAGAAAUACAUUACCUAAGAAAGGGUUGAGGUAUCCAUCACAUUCUCAGGAUGAACCAAAGGAGAGGCGUCAUUCACACACAAUUGGGGCAAUUCAGGAUAAUGAAGACUUGUCUCCUCUACCCCCACCUCUCCCACUUACUAAUGUGGGAAAGCCUCCGUUAGCAUGCUUGGUGAGUCCAUCCUCUGCUCCCCGUAUUGCUCGUUCUAGCAGUAUCCCCGCUCAAGACUCUUCUUUUGAACUUUUCGGAUCUUCAAAUUUGGGCAGUUCACUGUCUCUUGCGGAUCGUCCCAAAGGAACAAUGACUAGAUCUGGCUCGUUUAGAGAUCCCUCUGAUGAUGUUCACGGUUCUGUUCUGUCUCUGGCAUCAAGUGCAUCUUCAACAUAUUCUUCUGCUGAGGAAAGGAUGCAGUCAGAGCAAAUCCGCAAACUGCGUAGAGAACUAGAAUCCUCGCAGGAGAAAGUAGCAGCACUGACCACACAACUGUCUGCUAAUGCAAAUUUAGUAGCAGCGUUUGAACAAUCUUUAGUGAACAUGACAUCCAGACUGCGCAAUCUAGCUGAUACUGCACAUGAGAAGGACUCUGAGCUUGUGGAACUGAGGGAAACGAUUGAUUUACUAAAAUCGAAGAACUCUGAAGCUCAAGCUGUUAUUCAUGGAGCACUUAAUCCUCAGGAUCCGGCACCAAGAGAGUUGCGAAUUAGGCGUCAGAAUUCAUCAGAUAGCAUUUCCAGCCUAAAUAGCAUCUCCAGUCACUGCAGUGUAGGAAGUGUCAAGGAUAGUGACAGCAAAAAGAAGAAGAAGAAAAGUUGGAUUGAUAAUGUCAUGCUCAGUGCUAACGAAUCACCCAGAGGUUUUCAGAAGUUGCGCAGCUCAUUUAAUAAGGCAUUCAACAUGAAAAAAGGACCCAAGUCAGCCUCUUCCUAUUCUGAUAUUGAGGAGAUGGCAACUCCCGAUUCCUCAGCACCAACCUCACCAAAGCAGCAGCAUGGACCCCCAGUGCCAACAUCACCCUCCUUGCACUCCUCACCUUCUUCUUCUGUUAUAUUUGAGGCUCAAGAAGGGGAGGAGCCAGAAAAAAGAGAGGUGUCAGAAUUACGAUCAGAAUUGUGGGAGAAAGAGAUGAAGUUAACCGACAUUCGCUUGGAAGCACUUAAUUCUGCCCAUCAACUAGAGCAGCUACGCGAGACCAUGCACAAUAUGCAGCUGGAAGUUGACCUUUUGAAGGCAGAAAAUGGCCGUCUAAAGGUGCCACCCUCUUCAUUGCCUACAACCAAUACUCCUUUGUGCCCUUCCCCACGACGUUCCCUGGCAUUGACUCUCACGCAGUCCCUAAGAAUUCCUGCAUCUUCAGACACAGAUAUCUCUCCGAUGGAUGGUAUUAAUGGAUCUCUUCAGCGGGAGGUUACGCUUCGUACUGUGAUAAGAGUACCCCCACAGCAUAUUAUUAAGGGGGAUCUGAAACAACAGGAGUUCCUCUUGGGUUAUGUGAAGAUUAGUAACAAGGCAGACUGGAAAAGUCUGGAUGAUGCUGUGUGCCAAAUCUUUCAGGAUUAUGUAAAUCAGGUUGAUCCAGGAGCCACACUGGGGUUAGGAAGGGAGUCAGUGAGCAGAUACAGCCUAGGGCAUAUAAGGAGGGAUCUAGAUACGGAAGCCCCUGAGACUUCCCCUUCCCGGAAUUUGCGAAGCAACACUAACAUUAUUUUGCAGCUAAAAGGUCUGAAGGAAAAGUGUGUAGACCUUCUAGUCUUUGAGUCACUUAUUCCAAAACCCAUGCUUCAACAUUAUGUUAGUUUGUUGCUAAAGCACCGUCGACUACUGCUGUCUGGUCCUAGUGGCACUGGAAAGAGCUUCCUGGCACACCGGCUGGCUGAAUAUUUGGUGGAAAGGUCAGGACGAGAGGUCACUGAAGGAAUUGUUUCCGCCUUCAACAUGCACCAGCAGAGCUGCAAGGAUUUGCAACUGUACCUCUCCAACUUGGCUAACCAGAUUGACAGAGAAACGGGGCCUUGUGACGUUCCUUUAGUCAUUUUAUUGGACGAUGUGAGUGAAGGUGGAGCCAUUAGUGAGUUGGUGAAUGGGGCAUUGACCUGCAAGUACCAUAAGUGCCCUUACAUCAUUGGAACAACCAAUCAGCCUGUGAAGACGAGUCCAAACCAUGGAUUGCACAUAAGCUUCAGAAUGCUGACCUUCUCAAAUAAUGUGGAACCAGCAAAUGGGUUCUUGGGUCGGUAUCUGCGUCGGAAGUUACUGGAAUCGGAAGGUAGCAUUGGAACUGGACAUGGCGAUUUGCUCAGGGUUCUAGAUUGGAUCCCCCGGCUGUGGUAUCAUCUACACACUUUCCUGGAGAAGCACAGCACCCCAGACUUCCUCAUAGGUCCUUGCUUCUUCUUGUCUUGUCCAAUUGGGAUUGAGGAUUUCCGUGUAUGGUUUAUUGAUCUUUGGAACAACUCCAUUAUACCAUACCUUCAAGAAGGAGCCAAAGAUGGAAUCAAGGUACAUGGACAGAGGGCAGCCUGGGAGGAUCCAGUAGAAUGGGUUAGGGACACGCUGCCUUGGCCUCUGGCACAGCAAGAUCAGUCAAAGUUGUUACAUCUACCACAGCCAAGUAUGGGCACCCAUCUCUCCGCAUCACCUCCCAGGGAACACAUAGUGAAAGACUCGCCUCCAGCUACCUUGGACUCUGAUCCCCUGAUGGCUAUGCUCCUAAAACUUCAAGAAGCAGCCAACUUUAUUGAAUCACCAGACAGAGAGACUUUGUGUGACAGUGACCUCACCUCCACCAUCUGAUUGAUCACAGCCUGAAUUUUCAACGUGAGAUCUACCCUCUACACAGCACCCUUAUUGUACAGUUGUGAAACGGAAAGUUCAUUCUGAAAGAAAUUGCAUUGUUCCUUUCAACCUUUUGAACUUAUCAUGGACUUUAUUACCUUUUAAAUCUUCUUAAUAUUUAUGCCUCCUUGGUUUGGAAGUGGAAAGAAGAAUCUUAUAAUAGAUUGAAACAAAAGUUUUUUUUGUAAAUUAAAGUUUUUCUCUGUUCUCGAUGGGAAAUUUGCAAAACAGAUUUCGGAAUAGAGGAGGAUUUGUAUUGCUUUUUUUUUUUUUCUCUCUUCAUAUAAGUUAAGUUUUUAAUUAUUUCCCAUGCCUAAUUUCAGGCUACCAAUUACUCACCACGUGUAGUUUCCUCUUUGCCAAGGACAAAAGAGGCAGUAGACAGUGGACAAUUAUAUAUGAGUGAAAUAUGGGAAAGGAGGGUGUUCUAUUUCAAGACUGUUAUUGUAUAACUGUACUUCCUAGAUGCAACUAAUGUUGGAUGGAAUUGCAACAGAUCAUUAAGAUACCACUGUAGGUGUGACCAUCAUGGGUAAACUUCAGGUUAACACCCAUCUAAAAGAAAAUGUGAAAUGCAUUUUUUCCCUUCAUGCACAUUCCUCAUGCCAUUCUUAUGUCUUUACAAUCUUUCUGCCAAGUGGGAAUUCCAUUUACCUAUACACGUUCUAAACUGUCCUGUGCUCCGAAAACGACAGCAUGCCAAACAUUGUAUUUGGGACUUUCACUGCUUCAUCUUUGGGGUAGUUGUUGUUGGAUUUAUUGAGGAUUUUGAAGUCUACCUUCUGUUUUUCAGUUAGGCCUGGAAGUGAGGUGGUAUUUACAUUUGUUGUAGAAGGGAGAAGUUAUGUAUUGUGGAGCAUUGCAUUAACAUGCACAAGGCAGUAAUCGGGAGAACCAAAUCGAAGCAGAGACAUGAAGCAAAUAAAGUAAAACAAUAUGCAAUACAUACAUAAUGGAACUGUACGGUCAUGCUCAAUCAGUAUAUGGAUUUCCUACAAUUUAAAAAAAAAAAAAUUACAUUCUAAUUUUUACAAUAUGUUCUAGAAUAUCUCUGUGUCUGUUUUGUUAAUCAAAAUAUUGCUUUGUAACCUGCCAACAGUUAAAUAUAGAUGUAAAAACUCUGGUAGAACUGGGUUGAACAAGCUUCAACCAAGUCACAAAGCAAAGGCUUGAACAUAUCUAAAUUAUGAAAACAUGAAAACAAACUGAUAUUUUCAAAUAAUUCAGUAUUAUGAUCAUUGUAUCUUGUUUACACCACAUCAGUAUACAGGACCUAAAGCUGCAAGCAGACUAACACUCUUAUCUUGGCAAGGAGUAAAGCCAUUGUGAUCAAGCUUUAAUUUUGCAAUAUGGACCCAUGAAAGCUUAUGUGUAGCUACUACCAAAUGAGUGCUACGCUGAUCAACUAGCAAUUACAUUUAUUUCAGUACAGGAAAAUAUUUCAGUACUGGAAAGUACCUGUUAAAUAUUGUGUUUAGAAUAAUAAUUCUUACUAUGAGGUACAAGUCAAUUUUUUGAUUGUUUUACAAAAAGGCAAACUGGAAAAAAAAAAUAAUUCAGGAUUUACUGGUUACUGUAACACAUUGUCAACUCUCUGUACAAAUAGUUUGCAGUGGCGAGUAAAGUAAUAAUCUGCAAAGAAUAGUCCUGUUUCACCUACUCUUGACAAACAUGUGAACACAUGCUUUGUAGAGCAUACCCUAGAAACCAGGAAUAAUCAUAACAUUGAUAUUGACUACUUAUUUUCUUCAAUCAAUUACUGUGGAAAUUUUGUUAGACUCCCAUUACUGCUGACCCCUCCCCCUCAUCUCUGCUUCUAUCUAGUAACAUAUUUAAUGGACAAUGAGUAAGAAUUGUAUGGUAGCGUUGAAGCUUAAAGGUGGUCUCUCUAUCUAUAUUCCUUUUUUUCCCCUUGUAUGGCAGAUGUAGGAAGCACGUAACAAGGUCCUUCUGUCAUAUUGGUGGCCAUGGAGAGCUGAAAUUGCAGUUUACUGAACCCUUUUCUGCUAGCAGUGAACAUUUCUAUUAUGCACCGCUAGUUUGCUGCAGAAACUACUCCUUGCAAAUAUGUUUUCAUCCUCCUAGGGGACACUCUUGUGCUAUUCAUAGAAUACUAUUGUCAGCUUCAAGUUUUUCAUUUAAAGCACUUGACCCACCUAAAUUACUCUUAAUUCUAUACUUUUUAUCAUUGAUGUAAAUUUUGUUAUUAUGUAUGUGUUGCACUUUAUCAUUUUCCGCAUUGCUGGUCUCUGUGGUAUAGCCUAGGUAAGUACUCCUUUCAGGAGUAGCAUUCCAUAAUUAUAAGCUUUAUGCAAUGUGGGGUACAGUGUGGCCAAUGGCCCAUGGGUUUCUAUAAGGGCAUGAGACAUUGGUGCUAAGAUCAGGUGCUCACUGUCCGUCAGAUGGUAGGAGGUAUCUAGAGCAAUUCUAUCCUUCUUCCCACUAUUCAGUCUGACAGAAAUGGGGUGACACACUCCUUGGUGCUCACAAUAAGGCCACUUUCUCUGUGCACAUAACCCUAACAGAUGACAGUGCUCUGACUCUUGGCAGCAAAUUCCUUGCUUUAACAUUGCAUGGGUAAUAAAAAGGGUUGGUGACAUUGUUAAAAGAUCUUAUUCCAUGUGCCUCCCUCCAUACAUUCUAUCACUGUGGCCAUCAUAGAGGAGUCUGCGUUUUGUACAUCAAAAAUAAAAAAAUGGACUGAAGUAGGAAUUAGUACACCAUUUUGUCAGCUGUUAUCUGAGAUUAUAAUGAACAAGUAAAAGCAUAUAGUUGGCUCCUUAUUUAGAAUUGCCUGCUUAUUCCAGAAUGUUUCCAUCUGACUAGUGCAUAUUUCAUUAAUGUUUAUCAUUAUGGUGACAGACCCUAAAAAAUACACAACUGAUCAUAUGUUGUAUUAUGUCAUUUUGUUCCUCUUCAAGGGAUACACAUGUUCCAUUGCAUAAUUUUUAACCUUAAGUGCUUUCGUUUUGUACCUUAUUCUAAAUAGGUUGUUUUAUGUGGCAGAGAAGUGGAAGAUGCUUAACAAUAUAUGCUAGUAUAACAAAAUUCUAAAUUACCUCCUCUACAAGUGGAACUUUGUUUUUAUACAGUGUACACUCUU